GAAGGUGGCAACAAUAGAUCGCCGGAAACAUUAUAUUUCUGCCUGCGUAGAAGUUUGGCAAACUCCCACAUCGCAUGGCGGAACCGGAACCGGAAGAGGGGCGUGCAAAGGACGAGAGGCGUUGGCAAGGCCGUUCCGAUGCUCACCAAUCGAAGCCUCAGGUCCGCAAGGAGCGGCGACAUCCACCACAGCCUAAUCAGCCUCAUGGGGGUCUUCCCCAUGAUGAUCGUCGCUUCAUGGAAACUCGGAGCUGCACGGAGGCGGAGCAAUCUCUACCGGAAAUUAUAGUUGCGGGAAAGUACCGCUUACUGAAGCGCAUUGGAAACGGAUCAUUUGGAGAACUUUUCCAGGCCGAGAGCCUCAAGUACCACGAGAAGGUGGCCAUUAAACUGGAGAGCUCCACGGUCAAGUACCCACUGCUGCCCCGCGAGGCCAGGAUCUAUGGCAUCCUGCAGGGCGGGCUGGGAAUCCCGCAUGUGCGGCAUUUUGCCACCGAGGGCGCGUACAAUGUCAUGGUGAUGGACCUCCUGGGCCCCACUCUGGAGGAUCUGCUCAACCUCUGCUCACGCUCCUUCAGCAUGAAGACCACACUGGUGCUGGCCGACCAGAUCCUGGCCCGCGUGGAGCUGCUCCACCGCAAGUGCUUCAUUCACCGAGACAUCAAGCCGGACAACUUCCUGAUGGGCCUGAACCGCCACCAAACCCAGGUGUAUAUGAUCGACUUCGGACUGGCCAAGAAGUUUUACAGCCUACGCUCCCAGAAGCACAUUGGCUACACGGAGAACAGGGAUCUUGUAGGUACGGCCCGGUACGCCAGUGUGCGGGCCCAUUACGCGGAGCAGAGUCGUCGGGAUGACCUGGAGUCCGUGGGCUACUUGCUCCUCUACUUCCAGCGCGGUCGUCUUCCCUGGCAGGGAAUCCGGGCGCAGUCGCAGGCCCAGAAGUACGAGAAGAUAGCUGAGUACAAGUCCAACAUCCCACUGCAGCAACUCUGUUCCGGAUUGCCCAUUGAGUUCUUCAUGUACCUGAAGUACUGCCGGAAGCUGCACUUCGCCGAGAAGCCGGACUACGUGUAUCUCCAGCAGCUGUUUAAGGUGCUCUUCCGGAACCAGUACAAGUUGGCUGACUUCCUAUUCGACUGGGUUGUUUUGAAGCGAGGAUCUGAGGAACAACAAGCGGAGCAAAAGGGUACGGAAAGGGGGAGAGGUGGGAAAAGACAUAGGCUGGUGCAGAAGGAGAGGCAUCGCAGUAAGGAUAAGGGCAGGAAUUGUUACACGCAGAGGGAUCGAAAAAAGAGCGGGGAAAAUCUGCCCGAGAUCGAGCCAAAUGAAUGUACCAAUGAGGUAGCCCCAAAUGAAGAUCAGCCCCGGAAGAAGAAUGACAAGGCCUGCUCUUGCAGCUACCACCUCCAGAAAAUGCGCCUCCAGGAUCGGGAUAAGAUGGCGCCUCUGAUGACCGAGCGAAGGAUCCUUGCGGAGGAGCAGGAGCAGGAGCAACCGGAGUCCCAUCAGAUGCCGCCCUGCCUUUAGUAUAACGCUGCUUGUAAAUGUCUCGCUUGUUAAUUAACUGCCGAGCAACUAUAUUUAGCAUGACUUAAUCAUUUAGCCAGCUCAGAUCCUUUGUUCGCCGAAUCAACGUCUUGGGUAAUUAGGAAAGCUCUCGGGCGGCCGCAGAAGUCAACUGGCAGCUUAGCCAACCAUGGGAACAAACUUUGCGAGGCGUCCUACACGGCGAAAUCGAUACCGUGGCAACUCGCUUUAAAGGAUAGUGGAGACUAUGCUAGCGACAUAUCCUACACAAAAAUGAGAAAUGCAUUUUUAUACAAAAUUUAAAUAGUCCU